AUUUUUUGUUUUUUUAGCAGUUACGAGGUAUAAAUAAAGAAACUUCGAGAAAAAGACUAACUGGGUGCGAAAUCCAGUAGGCGGAACCCCUAUGUAAGAAAUUCUUGAAUUCCAACGGCGAAUAAAUACCACUGCCGCAUUGUAGAAACUCAGACCCAGUCCAAGUCGUUUUCUUGAAUUUCAGCUCCAAAUUUUAAUAACCCUACCAGAAUUUUGCCUAAUUCCCCCAAAUAAACUGAGAAUUCAGAAAAUAAGAUAAAAGAUUCAAGCUUUUCCCCUUUGAUGGACCCAAGAUUAUUUCUAUUAAUUUCUCUGUGUUUUCUUGUUCAAUCCUCCCAUGGAAAAGAGUCAUCGUUAAAAUUGACAACCGGUGUUUCUUCGGCGGCGCUUGACCCGACCCGGGUCACCCAAAUCUCGUGGAGUCCCAGGGCUUUUUUGUACAGAGGGUUUUUGACUGAUGAAGAGUGUGAUCAUUUCAUUGAUCUGGCUAAAGAUAAGCUGGAGAAAUCUAUGGUAGCUGACAAUGAUUCUGGCAAGAGUAUAGAGAGCGAGGUCCGGACGAGUUCUGGCAUGUUCUUGAAGAAGGCCCAGGAUGCAAUAGUAGCUGGUGUCGAGGAGAAAAUUGCCGCAUGGACUUUCCUCCCUGUAGAAAAUGGAGAGGCUAUGCAGAUUUUGCAUUAUGAGCAUGGCCAAAAGUACGAGCCACAUUUUGAUUUUUUUCAUGACAAGGCUAAUCUAGAAUUGGGCGGUCACCGAAUCGCUACUGUGCUCAUGUAUUUAUCGGAUGUGGCAAAGGGCGGAGAAACAGUUUUUCCUAAUUCUGAAAUUUCAUUUAAACAGAAAAAGGGCAAUGACUUGUCUGAUUGCGCCAAACAAGGGUACUCAGUGAAACCUAGGAAAGGCGACGCAUUGUUGUUCUUCAGUCUCCACCCGGACGCCACCACUGACAACGCGAGCUUGCACGGGAGCUGCCCUGUCAUUGAAGGCGAGAAAUGGUCCGCAACCAAGUGGAUCCACGUCCGGUCCUUCGAAGCUGCACCGACCAGGUCAAAGAGUGAUUGUGCCGACGAGGAUCCCAACUGCACAGCGUGGGCUCUCAAAGGGGAAUGUGAGAAGAACCCGUUGUACAUGGUCGGAUCCGAGGAUAACGCCGGUUAUUGCCGGAAGAGCUGCAAGGUCUGCUCCUCUUAGUAAAAAGGGUUUCUUGAGCUGAUUUUUCAGACCAAAAUCUGAAGAAGUUUGCAAUUUGUAUACAUGAGAAAGAAGCUACAUGUAGAUGAAGGAAUACAAUCAAACGUUUGUAGUGCUAUUGACUCAUUGUUUUGAGCAAUUUUUAUAUAUUGAGAAAACUAUGAUUAAACUU